UUUCCAUGCAGUUAUUUAAGUUAGGGCCUAAGUCUAUUGGUCAUGUUGGAGUUGGAUCAAAAAAAUAUAUUUUUAUGAUCUUGAUUCCAGACUAAGUUGAAUUUUUAGAGAGUUAUUUGGUUAUUGUAAUUCACUAUGUACCCUAGUCAUACUGGUGAUAUUGUGCAUCUCAAUGUUGGUGGAACAAGAUUUUCGACAUCUCGCCAAACUCUGAUGUGGAUACCUGAUUCGUUCUUCACAGCGCUUUUGAGUGGUCGAAUUUCUAGCCUAAAGGAUGAACAUGGUGCCAUUUUUAUCGACAGAGAUCCUCAACUUUUUGCAACUAUAUUAAAUUAUCUCCGAACAAGAGAUAUUGAUCUAAGACAUAGUGACAUCAAGACACUCAGACAUGAAGCCGAGUAUUAUGGAAUUACACCAUUAGUGAAGCGGUUGGUUUUAUGUGAAGAUUUGAAUCAAUCAUCAUGUGGAGAUGUUCUCUUUUACGGUUAUCUUCCUCCCCCCAGCAUCCCCAUCCAAGAGCCAGUAACGGGGUCGACUCCUGAUGACGCUACAGCCCGUCCAAUGCCUCGUGAGAGUCCUGCGUACUUGCCUGGCGCACACACACAUGCUCGCGGUCACGCACACUCUCGCAACUCCUCACUAGACAUGCGUGUGGGCAGUAGGAGCUCCUCGGACAUACGCAACAUCCCCGGACGUGGGUGUCACUCGAGAGCUGCUUCCUUAGACUUGCGACACACUAGAAACUCUUCAGCCGACCUCAACAAGCUCAUACGUAACGACUUGGGACUGGUGUUCGGUGGCAACCAAGGUUCAAACUGGGCUGACCCCCUCAGAGUGCAGAUUAUCAAGGCUCAUCAUCACUGGAUUGCAGUGGCCUACGCUCACUUUGUCGUCUGCUACAGGCUGAAGGACUCUACUGGAUGGCAGCUGGUGUUUACAUCGCCUCACAUCGAGAGCUGUAUAGAGAGAGUUGCAGUCAAUGCCAAGCUGGGAGGUGGAGCAGCGCAGGGAGAGACAGCAUCCAAGAUGGUGGCUAUUUCAUACUCCAGUCACAUCAGACUCUGGGGCAUCUCCGAACAUGGAAGCAGAACCAAUAUUGGUACAUUCAAUCUGAAUGUGAGAGUGGAGUACCUGUUCUUCAUUGGCAGUCAGCUGGUGGCUCUGUCUCCCACUGGUAAGAUAGGAGUGUGGCACGCCAUGACACAGCACUGGCAGAUACAGGAUGUUGUGCCGAUAUCAUCCUUCGAUGUGGCUGGUUCCUUUUUACUGCUGGGCUGCAACAAUGGAUCUAUAUACUACAUAGACAUGCAGAAGUUUCCUCUCCGCAUGAAGGACAAUGAUCUCCUGGUGACAGAGUUGUAUCGUGAUCCUUCUCAUGACCCUAUCACAGCGAUCUCUGUCUACCUCACUCCUAAAACAAGACAUGUUGCAGGUUUAUGUGGUAACUGGAUAGAGAUAGCUUAUGGGACCAGUUCAGGUACUGUGAGAGUGAUAGUGCAACACCCAGAGACUGUAGGCCACGGACCUCAACUGUUCCAGACCUUCACUGUACACCAGAGUCCUGUCACCAAGGUUACCCUGUCAGAGAAGUUUUUAGUGUCAUUAUGUUGUGAGUAUAACCAUGUGCGCACGUGGAGUGUCACUAGGUUUCGAGGAAUGAUCUCAACUCAACCAGGAUCAACUCCAGUUGCUUCCUUCAAAAUAUUAUCUCUUGAAGAGGUGGAACCAUAUGUCAGCUAUGCUGCAGGCAACGACUGUGGUCCAUUUGGAGAACAAGAUGAUGAGCAAGUAUUUGUCCAGAAAGUCGUCCCAGAAACACCUGAAAUAUUUGUUCGCUUGGCGUCAAAUGGCAGAAGAGUGUGUGUGAUCAAGUCGGUGGAUGGGACAAUGAUAACAUCGUUCUGUGUGCACGAAUGUGAGGGCUCUAGUCGCAUGGGCUCUCGGCCGCGGCGCUUCAUUUUCACAGGACACAGCAAUGGAGCUCUACAGAUGUGGGACUUGACUACUGCACUUGACCUUGCCAAGAAGGGAGAACCUGCCAUGCAAAACUCAGGUGGUCCAACCGCGGAGGAGUUGCUGAAGCUGUUGGAUCAGUGUGAUCUGAGCAACAGUCACUGCUCUACACCCUGCAUCUCACCUUGUCUAUCACUGGUUGGUGUCACCCCUCGCAUCAAGACUGCCAACAUAACCUUUCUCAACCAGUCAACAGAUCAGUGUGACCAACCUGCUCAGUUGUAACAAACACAUUAGUAAAUAAAUACAUAAGAACUUGUCCUAACAGAUGAAUGCAAGGUAUAUUAGUUUUAAAACCAUUCAUACUUGUUUAUAGGAUUGAGGAAGUAAAUAAAAUAAAAUAUCCUUAUCACUGUGUCCUGUAAAGUAGCAUAGCAAUGUAUCUCUUUACUUCUCGAUGUGAUUUUAUGAAUACUUCUAAUAAAAAUAUUAGAAGUAUUGAAAUAUAUUUAAAUAUUGUAUAUAAUAGUAACAUCUCAGCCUAAGUGAAGUGACCAAUAAAACCACAUUUAUAGGAUGCAUUAACCCUCCGAGCGUCCAUCGUCGAAAAAUCGACGCGCUACACACUUUGUGUAGUGUCACGCGUCGAUUUUUCGACGCACGAACAUCGUUUAUGGCGAAGGCUCUAUGACUGACUGAAUCAGAUUGAACUGGAUCGAGUUAGGUAUCGUUCUUUCCGUUAUAUUCUAAGCUUUCUCCAGAGGUCUGUCUCAGCGCUGUAUGUUCUCCGAGCCGAUCGUAAUUGUAGCAGACAGCUGACGUGCAUAUUUGUAAACAGCUUGGUUAUCCUCGGACCGAUGACUGAUGUGUUUUAUUACGUUUAUCAUUGUUUUAGUGUUAAAAAUCAAAAGUAGUGAUAUACGUGGUGCAUUAUAAAAAGAUUAAAGUGAUUUUGAAGGGCUGGUUGAUGAUCCUGAAGAAGUAGGUAGUGAUAUUGAUGUAAAUUAUCAGCCAUAUUCCUAGCUAUGGUUAGGCUAUGCAUUCUUAGCUAAACGCUAUGUACUGAAAUCCGUUUUUCACUCAUAACUUAUUUAUUUGAUAACUUACCUCACUAUAUGAUUAUAUAUUUGUAAUCCUCAUUAAAUUUAGAACAAAGUGGCUAUUUUCAAAUAUUUAUAGGCCUAUAAUUUAUACAAUUUCAUUGAGCGCGAACUUAUUUUUUUUUCAAUUUUUCCAAAAUAAUUUUUUUUUACCUAAAAAAUUUUUUUGAAACAAAUAUUCCUUAUGUUUUAUGUAUGAUAUUGAAGCCCAUGAUUUUCCAAACAAAAUAGGUAUAUAGAACAUUAGAAUUAACAUUGUUUUAAGCUUCUCAGAUCCGUUUUAAUAAGACCUUCAAAUGCGCCAAAAAUAGGUGGACAUUAAGGCCUAAACUAUGGACACUUGGAGGGUUAACCUCUUUUUUAACACAUUCCUCAACUAAUAUUAAUUAUUUUAAUGUAUACAUUUAUACAUAAUUUGUUACACUUCCGUUAAAUAUGAUAAGAUGUAUUGUGUUAGGCUUCCUGUAUAGACUAUAGCUGUAUAGUUAUUUAUGGAAAGGUUGUGUGGAUUGAUGCAAUGUAUACUCUGAGAUAUCCAACCUAAAACUGUAUGAAUCUCUGGUAAGAGUAAUUAUUUGAAAGAAUAUAAAGGCCGUUUUCAACAUCACGAUUCACUACCAUAGCAAAUAUUAUAAUUAAACAACGAAAUAUCUCCACAUAUUUUGUAUUAUUUUGAUUUAAAACAAUCAUCAUUGAAAAAUGGCAUUAAAAGAAGUAUUUUCUUGUAUCAAAAAAUUAAAUAUGCGCAAUGUAAUAUUUUUGUCUUCUUAGUGUUUCCUUUAUAAUAAAUAGCUAUGUUGCUCUAAAAUAAUGUACAUAUUAUGAUUGUAUUUUAUGUCUAUAGAAAAUAUCUAAUCAGCCAAUUUAGCUAUCAUCAAAAUGGUCUCCAGUACCUAUUGAAUUAAAACUCGAGUACUCAGUUCAAACCUAAACUGUGUUCAAGUGACCCAACCCUAUACAAUUAACGGGACGUGCGGUACAAAAGAAUGAAUGAAGAUAAUUCAUACUUGCUUGAAAAACCCAUAACUUAUACUUACCUCCAAUUUAUAUUUUUUUAUUCAAGUAAAUGAAUAGAGCACCUUCACAUAUUUACUCAGUCAUAAAAUGAUAAAGAAGUUUUAUUAUUAGAAUAAGUUGAUUAUUUUUUACCUUCACCAUCAAUUGUUGUGGCACUUCACUGUUUUCAAAUACUAUUUAAACUAUUGUUAUCCUUAGAAACUUUUUCGUUUUGAUCAAUUGAAUUUGAUGUUUACGUAAGAAAGAAUUUGUAAUCAGUAUGCCACUGUGGUAAAAACAUCUGUCUGGUAUUUAAUCAUUUUUUAAUUUUUUAUUUAAAAAUAUCAAGUUAAUUUAUUACAUUUUAAUGUCACAGUGAACAAAUGGAUAUAGAGACAAAAAACAUAUCUCUUUCUCUUAACAGUCUUCAUCACCCCUGUGAAAACACUAAAAACGUGCCUCGGAUGUCCCUUGCUCCUAAUAGAAUUUGUAUUGAUCUAAUUUUGAAAUUUUUUUUCAAUUAAGGGCAACCGAGGUUGUAAAACAUUGGGGUCUGGCGGUUUUACAUUCUUAGUCCUAUACUAUCACCACCCCAAGUGGCAUGAUCCCUGCCAGAUCUGAAAUAUUUUUCUGCCACCCCCCUAGAGAGUUUUAACAACCCUCUAAUGAGGGUUUGUUAAAAUAGGUUAUAUGGGCUAAUAAUGUGAUUGCUAAAAAGUGUAUCUAUGUAAAAUGUAUAUACUAUCAUAGUUGGAAUAAAAAAUGUUUUAUUAA